AUCUCAUCCCACCGCUCCACCCGCACUCUCCCGCCUGCCGCCUUCUCUUCCUUACGACCCGUCGCUUUCCCCGGAAUCUCUAAUCACAAUGGCCGACGACGCCCAGCAUGAGCACACCUUCGACAGCGCCGAUGCCGGUGCUUCGCUCACCUUCCCCAUGCAGUGCUCUGCUCUGAGGAAGAACGGCUUCGUCGUCAUCAAGAACCGCCCUUGCAAGAUCGUCGAAAUGUCCACCUCCAAGACCGGCAAGCACGGUCACGCCAAGGUCCACCUUGUCGCCAUCGACAUCUUCACCGGCAAGAAGCUCGAGGAUCUCUGCCCCUCGACCCACAACAUGGACGUCCCCAACGUCCGCCGUACCGAGUUCCAGCUCCUCGACGUCACCGACGACGGUUUCCUUUCCCUCAUGUCUGACGACGGCUCCCUCAAGGACGACGUCAAGCUCCCGGACGGUGAGGUUGGUGACAAGAUCAACAAGCUCUUCACCGAGGACGGCAAGGACACCAACGUCAUUGUCCUUGCUUCCAUGGGCGAGGAGGCCUGCAUUGACGCCAAGGAGGCCCCCCGCGGUGCUUAGGUUAAACACGUGCAUUCUUGGAAAGCAUGCACCAGGGACCGGAACUGGGGAAAAAGCGAUGUAUGGACGUUGAGAAGCCAUGAUACCACUGCAAUCCGACAUCUGAAUAGGAAACUGAUUGCAUGGCGACUGGCUUUCUAAGCAGCGCUUGCUCUUUUCAUUUUAACUUGUUCGGUCUCUUCAAAGGCAGGGGUCGAACUGUGGAAUUGGGUUUUGCGUGGAAUCCACCGAGGCGUGGAGAAGCGCUGCUAUAUCAAGUUAUGCCGCCUCCAAAAUUUACGAUGUGAACGGGAG